AUGGGUAGACGUAGCACCCGCAGCAGCAGUAGCUUCCGUUACGGGGGAGGGUGUGGUUAUUCCGUAGAACCAGGUGCCGCCCAAAAGAAGUACCUCCAAAGUGUACACUCCAAACACGCAGAUGAGAAGCUACGGACUGAAGGAAAAUUUGACGAAAAGCAUUUUUUGGACGAUAAAAAACGAGUCAAUAACCACAGGAGCAAUAAAAUGGCGCUACGCCGAGGAAGCAGGGAUGACGAAAAAACGGAAAGCAGACCAAUCUUAUACCCUUCCAAACCGACGAAAGAAUAUGACAAUAAUUCACCCAAGAAAAAGUGGUCAGAGAAAGAAAUAGAGGAACUGAUAUUUAAAUAUAAGAAGAAUAACGGUUAUGAAUCUGUUCGGAAAAAAAACCAUUUCGAUAAAAGGCACACGCACCAGGGUAUGAGGACGAACUACGAUUCUCCAAAUUAUCGUGGUGAUGUAUUAUUUCGCUCGGAAAAUGACCCUAGAGGUGUGUAUUUCGAUAGAGGCGCAUCUGCUGGAACUAUGGAAGCCACUACCGCGGCCACCACCGCAGCCACUACCGCAGCAGAUGGAGACAAGGUGGAUGAUUAUGCUGGUCUGUCCCCUUCAAGUAGAAGAAGAUAUGAGGUGAGGGAUUCCCUCGCCAGAGGAUAUUACCACCGAGUAAGCGAACACACGGAUUACUGCAAAAGAGACAGCAUUAUCAGUGACAUAUCCUGCGGGAGUGAAUUUUUGCCGUCAACGUGCAAGGGGGACUACGAUAGGGAGGAGGGUGCCACACGAAGGGGGAGAGGCACUACAUGGAGGGACUCCCAUAGAUGCACCUCUCCCAAUUGCGAUGACAACCGGGGAGGCUAUUCCAAAUGUUACAAAAGACAGUUAAGUGGAAAUGUAGUCGGAGAUAGUCGCAGAAGGAGCAUGGAUCGUAUGAACAAGUCAGACAAAUCAACCCAUUUGGAAAAUAGAAACGGAGAGGAAAUUGACUUGACAGGAGAAUAUUCUGAUGAAAAAUCGAAGGAAAAAAAAAUGUGCCAUAAUUACUCAAAAGGUGAAAAAAAUUUAUAUGAAACUUUUCUCAAUUUAACGAACAAGUAUGAAAAAAUAAAAAACAAAAAAGGUGACAGUAAUAAGGAGGACUUCAAAUUAGGCGAAACGGAUAUCAGGUCGAGAAGGAAGUCCUGCAGCGGGGACCAGGUAAGGCAAAAUAAGCAAAUUAAAGAUCACCUACCAAGUGAUAAGACUUAUUCGAGCCAUUUUUACAAAAUUAGAGACACCAAUUUGGGUAAGAACAGUGCAUUAUUCGAUACAGACAGAAAAAAAAAAAAGUAUGCAGAUGUGGCCGAUAUAGAAAAUUACGUAAAAGGAUAUGACGUGAAGGGAAGCAGAUUUUCCAGGAGGGGUUCUAACCAUAAAGGAGAAAGAGUGUUCAAGGGUGUGUCCUCCUUUAAUGAUACUCGCAAGCACAGUUCAGAUGAUUCCUGUAGCUAUGAGGUUUGCCCCGUAAGGAAAGAACCCAAAGAAGGUAUAAAAGUUAGCAGUUUGGGUAAUCGUGAAGGGGGAAAAACGAUCCACUUGUUAAGGGGCAAUUCAGUCAAGCCAUUUAUCCCUCCCUACCGACAUGAAGAAGAAUUCUUCAGAGGAGGCGUCACAAAGAGGGGAAAAAACAGCCCUACAUAUGAACGUUCAGGUGAAAAGACAAAUCCUUUUAAUAUAGAUGACACAAAAAUAGCCACGAACCAUUUGAAAAAUACGCAACUAUAUAUGAGAGCCCGUUCGUAUGACUCCAAUGAUUGCUCCAUCGUAUAUGAUUAUGCAAACUACACCAAAAGGAGACCUACUGGUUACUGUGACAGUGGUGCCCAUUUAAACAGCUCACCAAGAAGUUAUUACCCCUCCGAUGUUAAGGACGCAUGUGCAAAAAGCAGAGACAGGUUUUCGUCCCUUCUCAGUAAAAUUCAAUCAAAAAAGAAUUACAAAAAUGAUGACCCGAAUUUCUCUCAUUUAAAAUCUACUACGUUGAGGGGUUCCUACCUGGAUGGGGAUUACGAGGCGUUCCCGCUUCAAUCGUACGCCACUAAAAAUAUGCACCUGGAGGAGUCGUAUAAGGGGGGCCAUUUUGCAUCCCCUCAGGGGAGACUACCAAGUAGGAGAAGCAGGAGAGUGGAAGAUGAUUCGCCCGUUUCAAUGUAUAAUAUGCACGAUGUGAUGGACGUUCAAAAUAUCAGUCAUCCUGUUGGAGAUUCUCCCGUUGAUAGUAGAGGAGGCCACCAUGGUCGGAGUUAUUGUCCCCCAAAUGGUUUCAGUGGACACACUAACGAUGAAUCGUACGGAGGGAAAUCGCACACCGGGGAAGUCCCCACAGAUGCACGGAAGGAAAGUUUGCGUAACUCCUGGACGGAAAAAAAACAGAUAAAGAAUAUGCUAAGUUACGUUUGUGGCGAAGGGGAAGAUUUACUAAAUAGCAUUCUGAAGUUGAAAAAAAUGAAAUCAUCCAGACAAGUUGGGGACGAUGCGGAUGCAGGGGGGUAUGACAUCCAUGGUCCGAAAAAACGCUACGAAAAGGAACGGAAUGCGAAUUACCACAGUUGGAAGUGCAACCCCGUUGGGAAGAGUAGUAAAGACAAUAUGGGCGAGACGGUUUCGUUUCAGUAUUUGAAGAACCGCGCCUACACGAGGCCCAUGCAUGUUCGGGACUUCGAUGUGGCUGAUGGGCAGGCUGCCAACUGCGCCAAUGGCGUGGAUGACGGUGACUGUUCCGAUUGGUAUGACCACGGGUAUAGUGGUGAGUACGGGGAAGAGCAUACAGACAAGGAGCAACGGAACAAAUGCCGCCAGGGCUCUCUCUACUGUCGUGACGUCUUAUUCCUCCUCUUUCUUUACCUUUUAAAAAUUAUAUACUAUUUAGUCAGAUACGUUGUGCAGCUUGCACUUCUACUCAUGGUGUACUUUUAUCACGCGAUACGCACGAAAUCUCUUGCAACGAUAUUCAUUUCAGUCGUCGUUGCGGUGCCUCUAUUUUUGUUAUUCCUGUCCGUGCUUAUAUUAUCCUACAGAAGCGUAAACAUGGAGUUUUUCGAUCGGGAUAUUUGA